UUGAGCUAAUCCCCCGAUGUGUCAAUACGUGACCACAUGAGUUUAUAAACGAAUAGUUAUCAAACACAUCACUAUGGUGCUGAAAAUUGUUCAGUUAAUGUACUUAUUACUUCCACACAGCGGCAGCCACAAACACAAGUUGCUUGCCAUGGGGCCAACGGAGCCAUGGUCGGUGAGGGAGAAGCUGUGCUUGGCCACCUCUGUCAUGAAGAGUGGGGACCAGAACUGGGUGUCUGUCAGUCGAGCCAUCAAACCAUUUGCAGACGCAGGACGACCCCCUGACUGGUUCUCACUAAAGCACUGUGCCUCCCAGUACUCAGAGCUCCUGGAGACGACAGAGACCCCAAAGUGAGCACAGCAGUCACCGUUUAUCUCGAUGUCUUUUCCCGUGUGCGACUGGAUCUGUGAUGGUCCUGCUGUUGCAUUUCCUAAGACCAGAGGGGGUCGGAGAACACGGAGAGUGUGGCUAGCGUACGGAAGCGGGGUGAGAAAGGCGAGGUGGUGGAGACGGUGGAGGAUGUGAUCGUGCGCAGGCUCACGGCAGAGAGGAUUGAGGAGCUGAAGCGCUUGAUCAGAGACACACAGGAGAAGCACAGG